AUAUAUACAGAUAAGUGACGGUAAGGACUCCGCGCUACUUCCGGUAAUGGUAUACGUUCUCGGUGGGAGGUUCAUGAUGGGGUCCGCUAAUUCAUCGGUGUACAGCCCGAAGUACUUUUUGAACCAAGAUGUAGUUCUCGUUACCUUCAACUAUCGUGUGGGUAUUUUGGGGUUCUUGAGCACUGGCGACGAAGUGGCUUCUGGAAAUUGGGGCCUGAAAGACCAGGUCCUUGCGCUCGAAUGGGUGCAGCGUAACAUCAGACACUUUCACGGUGACCCUGAUCGAGUGACGUUAUUCGGCCACAGCUCAGGGAGCGCUUGCGUUCACCUUCUGACGCUUUCGAAAUUGACAAUUGGGCUCUUUCAUAAAUUCAUCAUGCAAAGCGGAUCUGGCCUUGUGGAAUGGGCCUACAGACCCAGGGCUGUCUAUGCAAAGCGCGCAUUUGAACUCGGCGAUUACGUUGGCUGUUUGAAUAACACUUCGGAUUCCCUCGUCAGGUGUUUGCGUAGCAAAAAUGUUUUGGAUAUUACCACCAUGUUUACAGGGUUUUACGUGUGUUAUCAUCAACCAUUCAUUACAUGGGCUUGUACUGAUGAGCCAGAUGUCAGGGGGGCUUUUUUAACAACUAGCCCUGUAAAUAUAGUGAGAGCUGGUCAGAUUCGUGAUUUACCUUGUAUCAUGGGUGUCGUUGAAAACGAAGCGAUGUAUGAAAAUGCGGAUCGGCUUGUAGAGUUUCUGGAAAACUUUGAUUAUUUGCUGCCGAUUAUGUUGUACUGGUCGUAUCAACCGGACUCUGGAGCCGCUUGGGUCAAGGCGGCCAAGUCGUACUACUUCAAUAACAUUGAAACAAUGAAUAGAAGCGAGUUGCUGACUAACUUGACGUUACUCAUCGGUGACGCUUCGUUCACCUAUCCGAUGUACUCCUCCCUGUUGUACCAGCAUGCAGUGGCAGUAAAUCCCCAAUAUUUCUACGCCUUCAGAUAUCGGGGCACCUGGAGUAACACUUACGUUUCCGGCAACACUUUGAACGACUACGGAGUAGCACACACGGAUGACGUUGGUUACAUUUUUCCAAAUGUAGACUACAAUAUUAUGUUAGCUCUCAACAAAACCCCAAAUGAAAAAGAUCUACAAAUGAGGGAAAUUAUGGUGCAAUUGUGGACAUCUUUUGCGAAUCACGGUAAACCUUCAACUUCGUUUUUUCGUGGAAAUACAACGUGGGAGCCGUACUCGAAAAAGGACAAUUACCUUCAGAUAGGGGACAGAUCCGAAACCACGCUAGAGGUUAAACAUUUCUUCUCAACAGAGCGAAUGCAAUUUUGGGUCAACUUGGAAAGAAGUACGGCAGAGGCAGAAACCAUCGGGUUCAUCCACUAACCUGCCACCGCUAGAAGAUUCUACCGUCAAUAUUUAUCGACCGAUCAAACGCGGUAUUCCUGUAAAAAUGCCAAAAUAAUCGAAAUUCUGCAUGCAAUGUCGAACAAAAAUAAACAGAUACUUUUUCAUAUACUGCGAGAAUGCGGCUAGGAAAUUUAUUCCAAUAAUUAGUAGUAUUUCGCUUACAGAAAUACAUUUCUCGUCAUUAUUAGUGCUUGAGGGUAAUUUUUUUUUUAGUUGUUUGUAUUCGGUAUUGUAUGUAGAAUUGCGUUCAUUACAGCAUUUUCACAGCAGUGAUGCGUAGGUUUUGAUAAUAUUCAAAAUGUGCGACAUAUGACGCAAUCUGUAACGACUGAAUAUAGCAUCCUCUAAAGAAUGAAUUCCCUUUUUGUGAUCCUACUUUCAUGCUCGAAAUUCGUAUCGUACUCGUCAUAAUGUAGGUGCAAAACAUACUAUUUGCUAGCUUUUCAUUCAUCACGAUGAGACUUCGAAAUAUUGAUGAAAACGAUAGCACAGCUAUAGACUCAAUUUGUCAAGGAUAUUUUCGUGUUUUCUAUAUCUUCUAAAACCUUACCCAACAAUGAACAUUUCAAUAGUAUC